AUGACCGGAGUAGUCAAGAGCGAUAGGUGCGGCACUUGUCGAGACCGCAAAGUCAAAUGCGAUGAAGUUAAACCGGUCUGCGGCCCCUGUCAGAAAGGGAAGCGGAUCUGCAAAGCCCCAAUCAGCAAGGUCAAAUUCGCCCGUCCCAAGGGCAUAUCUGCAGAUGUGGUGCAUGAAAGCGAGGGCUUGAUCGAGCCACUCUCCCAGAUGAGCAUUGUUCGCUCAAUCUCCACCACUGAGGGUGGUUCUUUCCAGACGAUGCGGAUCGGACGUCGGAGGAGAGCGCCAGAAGGAAAGGCCAAUCCGGAUGCUGAUGAUCACCUCCCGCGGUUACGGCGUCCGCCACCGACUCUAGUCCAACCGUUGCAGCUGGCACUGCUGGAAAGCUUCAGACUAGCUCACGCUGGCUUGAGGCUGUCCGUGUUGACUGGAUUCAUGGAAGAGGUGCCUCGAAUGCUCGGUCAUUCAACUGCUUUUGACGAUGCAAUUGCUUGCCUCGUCAAUUGUCAUGGACUUAUACUGCAUGGUCAGCGACCCGCAGGUAAUCGGAAACAGGGCAACUUGUAUGCAAAAGCUCUCCUAAGCUUACAAGCCGCACUCACAGACCCGGUGGAGAGCUACUCGGACCUUACUCUAGGUGCCGUAACCAUCCUUGGAAACGUGGAGGUCUACGGUGGCGGGUCAAGGGUACCCCAAAACGUUCAACAUGCUGGAGGGGCAUGCAAACUGAUCGAGAUGAGAGGCCCCUAUCGAGUCAAGUCGAAUUUUGCAAAGAUACUCUACAUGACACAACGCGCACAAGGCGUCACCGUCGCCAUGCUACGUAAUGAAGAAACCUUUUUCAAUGAACCAGAGUGGAGGCAAAUCUCCUUUACUGAUAUCUACGACCGCGAUACGGAUUUCCUCAUCGAUGAGGCUUUGCGAGAAUUCACCGCUCUGCCAUCUCUGCUUGUAAAGAUCCGCGCGUUUUACUAUUCGCCUGACGAGACAAAGAGCUACGCCAUCUAUCUGGAAACCCUACGGCUGCGGGACUCACUCAGUCUGGUAGCUGACUUCGUAGACCAAAGGCUACGAAACGGCUUCGACAUCGUGGAAGGGCCUCCCAUCCUCGGAGACGCAAUCUUGUCUACCACCUAUCAAUUCUCUGCAAUUCAGCUAUCGCACCUCUGUACCUUCUACUGGGGCCUCUCUAUCAUAAUCAACACGAUCAUCGCGCGCUUCCUCCCGGCCAACACUCCGCCGUCUACCUUGAACGGCCUCCAAGAUGAAUGCUUGUUAGCGCGUCAACGCAUCCUCAUGAGCUGCGAAUACGCUCAACAGUUCCGUCCCUUCGGCACCAUGUAUCUCGCCGGCCCACUCAUGAUGGCGUACGAUGGCGCUACCACCGAAGAGAAGACGUGGAUCAUGCACCAACUUUGGCAAAUCGGGGAGCUCAUGGCUGACGUUGAAGAUGUUUGGAGUCCCGUUAGCCUGAAAUAUGCGUCAAAGUUCUUCUUCGGGGAGCCCAUUGUCCUGCCUUGGGGUCAAGCAAGUUCUGGUCCCUUCGAUAUGAGGGGGGAAACUUUCUUGGAGAGAGCGCGAGAGCAGAUUGAGAGACUAAGUAUCGAUGAACAGGUUGCCAGUUGGGAAGGCAGGAACGCUUGA